AGGGCCGGGCGGAGGCGGCAGCGGCCGCCCGGGGUUUGGCCGCUCGCUCUGCCGGUGCUGCGAUGGCUCCGCUCCGCUCCGGCCCGGCCUGGCGGCGCCUGCUCUCCUUCGCCGUGCUCGGUAUCGUGCUCUGCGGCCGGCCGGGGCGGGCUGAGCCCGAGCCGGAGCCGGGCCCGGAGCCAGGCCCAGACGCGGGCCCGGCGGCGGAGGCGGACCCGGACCCGCACGGGCGGCACCUCUACAACGCGGAGAUGCUGCGGCACGGCGCCGCCGCCGCCCCCCACUUCGUCAUGUUCUUCGCCCCGUGGUGUGGACAUUGUCAGCGUCUCCAGCCAACUUGGAAUGAUUUGGGAGAUAAAUACAACAACAUGGAAAACCCGCAGGUCUACGUUGUCAAAGUAGAUUGUACUACAGAUACUCCACUGUGUUCUGAAUUUGGCGUCCGUGGAUACCCUACCCUAAAGCUGCUUAAACCAGGACAAGAACCUCUGAAAUACCAAGGCCCUCGGGACUUCCAGGCACUGGAAAACUGGAUGUUGGAGAAACUAAAUGAGGAACCAUCUGAUCCAGAAUCUGAUGUGGAACCACCAAAAGCCCCUGAACCUAAGCAGGGAAUGUAUGAACUCUCUGCAGACAAUUUCAAGAUGCACAUAGCAGAAGGUAAUCACUUUAUAAAAUUCUUUGCCCCUUGGUGUGGUCAUUGCAAGGCUUUGGCUCCAACCUGGGAACAGCUGGCUCAAGCCUUCGAGCAUUCGGAAACUGUCAAGAUUGGCAAGGUUGACUGUACUCAGCAUUAUGAAGUCUGCUCUGAAACCCAAGUUCGUGGCUAUCCCACACUCCUGUGGUUUAGAAAUGGUGAGAAGGGUGACCAGUACAAAGGGAAGAGGGACUUCGAUUCCUUAAAGGAGUAUGUGGAUUCCCAACUACAGAGCUCCGGGAAAGCACCACCAGCAGAUAAACCCACCGAAGCCCCGCAGCCCCCCCCAGAACCCCCCCAUGUUGAGGCUGCAGUACUCUCUCUCUCUGAAAAAGACUUCGACGCAACCAUUGCUAGAGGGAUCACCUUUAUUAAAUUCUAUGCUCCAUGGUGUGGUCACUGUAAGAACUUGGCUCCAACUUGGGAGAACCUUGCCAAAGAGCAAUUUCCAGGUUUGACUGAUGUCAAAAUAGCAGAAGUAGACUGCACCGUGGAACGUAACGUCUGCAACAGAUUUUCGGUACGUGGUUAUCCUACACUUCUGCUUUUCCGAGGUGGAAAGAAAGUCAGUGAACACAAUGGAACAAGAGACCUUGAAUCACUGCAUAGUUUUGUCUUGCGUCAGGCAAGGGAUGAAUUGUAAUAAAAGUCUGGAUGCUCUGUC